UUGUUUGAGAUUAGCUAGGGCUGCGCAGGUUUGACCACCGCCUUGCCAAGCACAUUGUAUAAUGGUGCUCUGGAAAUCCGACUGCGCGAGCCGCGGAAAUCUCACGUUAGCGAGGCGCUCGUAAUUUUCAGGGCAAGGCUAGGCUAGUUUUACAGUCUCUGUAGGCGACGCAGUUGCUCUCCACCGACUCCACAACUUCAUACAUGAUGGGAAACGACUUGCUCUGGUUUUACCGAAGCGCCUUUUGGCUCAGAAAAGCUGCCACCACCCACAAGGAAGUUAUGAGACUUCUAUCUUAUCCAUCAUUAUUCCAAGAUAAACUUCAUGAACUGUCAGACACCAAAUUAUUUUUAUCAGAGUACUGACCAGAGACUGUAAUCACAAUUGAACGCUUUACACAUUCGUGUCCGACUUUUUGACUCCUCCCCCGACUGCAAUCGGCCACUCUCGACUGUUUUCGAGGCGAGCCGAAAGUCAUCUCGUGCUUUCCUGCCCUUCCCAGUUCCCAGCAUAGACAUGUAUACGUGUUUCUCGCGUUAUCUGUUGUUUGCCGACGCCAUUUUAGGUGGAGAGGAGAAGGCAACAUAAAAGCUAAAGAAGAUGAUGGGUGUGCCUUAGCCUUCUGUUCCAACCAAACCUGUAAAUGGGGAUACUAAGAUGAGUCUCCUUCAUGAUCACGAAGAGGGGUUGCCUGCUUCUGAAAUGAGUUGGACUGGUGAGGAGGAAGGGGAAGUGGCACCUGAAAGGAAUAUCUUUCUGCUGCUCGGCGAAACUUCACCAGGAACUAUGGGCCGUAAGAGGCUCCUAGACGAUAGACCUCCAUCUCCGGCCCCUAGUUAUGAGUCCAUGAAGAGCGAUGUAAGAUCUGAUGAUGACAUCAGUGAUUACAGUGAAGAACUUUGUCCAACCGUUCCAAGGAUUCAGCUGGAUAGGCCAGACUCCCGUGCAUCCAGCUGUUCUGAGGAGAGUGAUGUAUCAGGGGAAUGUCCAGUCGAACCCUUUUGGAUGGGACCAAGACCAAAGGUGCGAAAAACAGAGGGCUCAAAGUGCAGCACCCUUUGGGUCCCUUUAGACAAAGCAGAGGUUAUGGUCCAGCUUGGUAUCACUGAGCAGAGGCACCCUGCUAUGAAUUUGCCCUUCAUGUCAAAGGCACUACAUGCAACUCUGGAAAAAUUAGAGGAAGAUGAGCGGAGAUAUUUCAGGAAGUGUCUGGUGGGUCAGUACCCACAAAUCUUUGAGAGUUCUUUGCUGGAAUAUAAGGUCUUGGACCUUGUUGAUAAAAUGCUUGAGAGGUGUGACAUGGAAGGCUCUCUGAAAAUCACCCUCCUCAUCCUGGAUUACAUGAAACUAAAGGAAACUGCAAAAUUCUUGCAGAGGAUGUGCAAGAGAAAUGAAAUGCAGUAUGAACUGAAGGCCAGCAUGAAGAAGAAGUAUACUUUCAUAUCUGAAGGGUUAGCUAAACAAGAUAAUUCAACCCUCUUAAACAGCAUUUACACAGACCUUGUCAUCACUGAUGCGGGAAAUGGGAGUAUAAAUACUGAACAUGAGGUGAAGCAGAUUGGGAAAAUGGUAGAGACAAAAUCUGAAGAGUUUCAGAUCAAGUGUAGAGACCUAUUUACCUCUUUGGGCGGUUACAUGAAACACCAUCGAUUUCUGCUGAUGAAGGGGAUGGCUGGCACUGGAAAGUCAGUCUGUGUGCAGAAGUUCAUUCUUGACUGGGCUGAAGGAGAGGGCCAUCAGGAUAUGUAUUUUGUCUUUCCUAUUCCUUUUAAUGAACUGAAUUCCCUGAAGUCAGAAGAGUACAGUCUGAUACAGCUCAUUCACCACUUCUUUCCGGAAAUGAAAGAGCUAGACACCAUCAGCUGUCUUGAUGACUACAAAGUGUUGUUCAUCUUUGAUGGCCUGGACGAGUGUGAACUUCCGUUGAACUUCUACCACAAUGAGAUGUGGUGCAAUAUAAAUACGCCAACCUCGAUGGACAUGUUGCUGACGAACCUCUUUAAGGGGAAUCUUCUUCCUUCUGCUUAUAUCUGGAUCAUCUCCCGGCCAGCAGCAGCCAGACGGAUCUCUAAUGAUUGUGUCCAUCGGGUGGCAGAGGUACAAGGGUUUAAUGAUGCACAGAAGGAGGAGUACUUCAAGAAGACAAUCAAUGACCAGGCCCUGGCAGACCGAAUUAUCACGCACUUGCAGUCAGAAAGGAGCCUCUACAUAAUGUGUCACCUACCAAUGUUCUGUUGGACUGCGUCGGAUAUGCUUCAGAAAGUGUUUUGCACAUCCAGUGGAGAAAUCCCCAAAACUGUGACUGAAAUGUUCACCCGGUUCCUACUCAUUCAGUUGAAUACCAAGCAACAGAAGUAUCACAAGAAGGAGUUUGUGAUUGUGGAAGGGAGAGAAUUCCUGACGAAGCUUGGGAAACUGGCAUUUCAAAUGCUGGAACAGGACAAGCUCAUUCUAAAUGAAGAGCAGUGGGAACAGACUGGAAUUUGUCACAGAGAAGCUGUUGUGUAUUAUGGGUUGUGCACAGAACUCUUCAAAGAACAGUAUGCGUUGUAUCGAGAGAAGAUGUACUGCUUCAUGCAUUUAUACAUUCAGGAGUAUCUGGCUGCUUUAUAUGUAUUUAUGAGCUGUAGAAACCACAACAAGAAUGUACUUGAGAAACAAGCUGGCAGUACGUUCUCAAGGAUAUUCAAAACAUCCUUGCUCGAUGUGCACAAGAGUGCAGUCGAUAGGACCUUGCAGUGCCCGAAUGGAAACUUUGACAUGUUCCUCCGCUUCCUGCUUGGCCUUUCUCUGGAGUCCAAUCAAGAACUCCUUCGAGGCAUUGUGAAGGUGGAAGGAGGAACACAUCUGAGAAACACAUCUGAGAAAACAGCCCAGUACAUCAGGAAGAAAAUGAAAGAGAACCACUCUGAAGAAAGGCUCAACAAUCUGGCCCACUGUCUUACUGAGAUACAGCCACUUCACUCUACAGCAUGAGAUCAUUUUCACUGAUUGGUUGUAAUAUUCACCCCCUCUUUUUUUGUAGGGGGCUGGAGGGACACCCAGUUCGUAAUGCUGAAUUCUACAAUAAUUGCAAGCUUGCCUCUUUAAUUUCCAAAAAGCAAACAGUUUUAAGCAAAUCAGGCAUUACUGUUUGAAUGUUUGUUUUAUAAUUGUUAUAUGCUUCUGUACUCUUCAAAAUUCAUUCAAGCGAGCCAGUACCUGUGGCAGCGAUACAUGACAAAACCAUAACACCUGUACCACCAUUUUUCACAGAUAAGGGGGUGCUUUGGAUCUUGGGCAGUUCCUUUUGGCCUCCACCCUUUGGUAUUGCCAUCACUGAUACAAGUGAAUUCUGGUCUCAUCGGACCACAAUACCUUUUUCCAGAACUCUGCAGGGCCUUUUAGGUGGUACUUAGCAAAUUGUGACUUUGCCAUCCUGUUUUUGCUGCUAAUUAUUGGUUUGCAUCUUGCAGUGUAGCCUCUGGUGUUCUGUUACGAAGUCUUCUGCGGAGAGUAGUCUCUGACACAUCCAUGCCUACCUCCUGAAGAAUGUUUCUAAUCUGUCAGACAGGUGUUCGGGUAUUUUUCUUCAUUAUGUUAUAGUGAAUUCUUUGGUCAUCAACUGAGAUCUUCUUUGGUCUACCAUCUCACCAGUGCCGUCUUCUUAAUGAUGAUCCAAACAGUUGAUUUUGGUAAGCCUUAGCUUUAAAAGUUUCGAUCUAUGUCUGUGACUGUUUUUCUUAUUUCUCAGCCUUGUAAGGGCUUCCAUGAUUUUCACACCUCUGGUCCUCAUGUUGACAAAUGCCAGUAACAGACUCCAAAAGAAAUAAAAAGUAUAGAAUCAUGAUGACUAUAUACUGAUAUUUAUUAUACCUGCAGUUAGGAAGCAAUUGAACACACCUAUCUAAUCAGAAACACCUGUCAAGCCUCUUGUCUCACACAUUAUGGUGCCCUAAAAUGGGGGUACUAUGUAUAAAAACGCCACAAGAAAGGGUGUCCGGGUUUGGCAAAGUGUAUAUGGGUAAAUUGAUGAUAAUACCCUUCAAUAAAAGCUGAGAAUCAGUACUUUAA